CUCCAAGAUGUCACUGUUUAUUUUAUUUGGAGCCUUAAAAAGCAAUGGAAAUCAAAUACUGUGUCAAUAUUAGGUUGCACUAAUUAAUAUUCAGCUACGGGGAUGGCUAGAGGUUAAUGAAACAUCAAGAAGUUUUAUUUUGUCAAUGUUUUGAUAUGUUACUAGCUUGUUAGUGAACUUUAAAUUUAAUUUUAUUAACAGGACAGCCAUUCCGUAUAUAUGAUAGGAACUAAAUGUAAUUUCUAAUAAUGCAGUCAAAUAUAUAUUUGAGAAUAUUGGUUGGUCUACAUGUUAUGGUGAUUUCAACAGAUGGACUGCAACAAAUAUUCCGUUUGAAGAACCAAUACCUUAACAAGCGUCUUCUUGGUUACAAGCUGUUUGAGAAAAACGUUUCGGGACAUCACGCAUGCGCAUAUGAGUGCAUGUUUUUAGGUGCAUGUAAAUCCAUUAAUUAUAUCGGAAGUGAUAAAACUUGUGAUUUCAAUUCGAAGGGAAGUGAGUCUGUUGAUGCUUCCGAAUUUGUGGAAUCAAAGAGAACAAUAUUUUCAGAUAUUUCUGAUUGGCCAAAGGUAAGAUAAAAAUCAAUAUAUUUACCUGUUAUUCAUAUAGCUAUUUCACAUAGUGUUGUUUAUAUAAAUAAAUAAUGGUGACUUUUAUAGCUGCAAACCAUUCAUUAAUAUUGAAGUAGCCAGUCAAGUAAUAAUGGAUCAAAACAAAAUUAUAGCGGACUCGCUAUGACUGAGUCUGUUCACGAGAGAUAAUGAAAUAUGCGAAAUUUGCCAACCCCACAUAGCCCAGCUUAUUUACAAUAAUGCCACACGGCAUUAAAAGACUGCUGUUGUCAAUUUUCUGUUUAUAUUGCUUUGUUGCCCCCAAAGGAUCUUCCAGUAGAUUUUAAUAAUAUUUUCCUACAUAGAGUUAUUUAACUAUUUUAGUUUUUAUAUUGAGUGACAUUUUUAAUGACAUGGUUAAGUGAUUUGUAUAUAAUUCAAGUCGAAGCGUCUAUUUCAGUCCAUUGCGAGCGGUUGUGCUUUCCAUGUAUGUGGUCCAAAACAGCGCUGUUUUCCACUUGGUGAUAACGCACAUCAAUGCAUCAAUAUAACAUGUGACGAACCACAAAAUUCGCAAUACGGCGUUGUACAGCCAGGUUCAAAUGUUGAUUCUGUCCGUUCAUACCUGUUCGCAUGUCCUGAUGGUAUGUUUUUGAAAGGGGACACGAGGAUAAACUGUCUUCUAAAUGGAGAUUGGACAAUAUUAGAAGCUACUUGUGUAGUUUCUACUAUUGGAUCGACGUGCAACAGUAGUAUAGACUGCAAGGAGACUGGAGCCGAAUGCCUCGUAGGAAAAUGUUUCUGCGGCCGACUGUAUCGUUACGAUGCUAACACUAAGGACUGUGUUAAAGUCUGUUCUGCUACUAAAGACACAUUCACUGUGUAUGAAAAAACAAGAAUAGGGGCAUAUAAUGACCUUGGUCGUGUCAAAGAGAUCACCAUCACCGAAUGUCGUGAACAGUGUGCUGGUAAUGAUGAUUGUUUAUCAUUUGAAUACUAUGAGGAGGAAGGCAUAUGUAAUUGGAGCUCCGUUACCAUGGAAAUGAUUGAAGAUGCUUUUCCGGAGAUUAUAAAACCUGAUCCUAAGGAUUUAUAUAGCAGAGACUGUUCGUAAUCUAAUCUUCUAGAUUUUUUACUCGAUGACACAAUAUAAAUGGAUUUGGAUUCAAUCGCUGGUUUAUCAACAUAUUUUGUAAAGUUGUACUUUUGUAUAAACUUUUGGAAUAAUAGCAAAAUAGAAAAAGUUGAAACUCUACAAUUUCAAUGUGAAGUUAUCGUGCGUAAAAAGGCUAAAUGGCGUUUCGUUGCUGUUAAAAAAUAAAUACAAUAUACUUUGUAUACUUGUUUUCAUUACUGCUCUGUUUAAGCUUAUUUCAUGUCUCAGAAAAUAUGAAAAUACAACAAUUUUCAGGCCAAGGUCACCGGCAUAAGUUCAAUAAAUAUAAUAUUUGAAUUUAUAUGAACACACUUGUUCCCGUCUAUUGAAACUGUAGAUAUCAGUGUUCCUGUUUUGUUAGGUUAAUAUAAUGUAUAUAGAAAGAAGCAGCCAUAGCACAUACAAAAACAUUGCUCAUGCAACCUAUAUGACCCGUUUGUUUACAUUUUCAUAUGUCUCCCCCAAAUUCCUAUCCUUUUUUUAUGUGGCAAGGGACUGUCAUAUUAUCAUCGGCCACGGGCCUCAUCCAAUACAACAAUCCCCUAGCAUAUAACAAAGCCAGUAUAAAAUACCAUAAUUAACAACGUUAAUGGCAAACAGUGACUGAAAUAAUCACUUUUUGUAAGAAUGCUUUUGAUUUAUUGGAAAAUUAAUUGAUUUCAGUAAACGACUUGUUUUUCAUUAAAGGCUUUUAUGUAUGUCCUGUCAAUCUUAUAAAAGAAAUGUUUAAGUUGAGGCUGUAUUGUUUGUUUAGUAUUCAAAGUCUCUAAUGUUUUAGUGACAAUAUAGUUCUCCACAGGUUGCUACUCAUCUAGCUAAACGUAAAUAUGUUAAAGACACAGCUUCUAGCAUCAGCUAGAAUUUAGAAUUAAAAUGUCUUUAAAUCAACAAUAUGUAGUAAUUGUAAAAAGAAAUUUCAUUUUGUAUACCCUUAAAUGGUAU